AUGUGGAUACCUACAGAACACGAGAAAUACGGCGUCGUGCUGGCCAGUUUCCGAGGGACCAUCCAACAUGGCCUCCCGCUGGAAAUUGGAGACACGGUGCAGAUCCUGGAGAAAUGUGAAGGUUGGUACAGAGGAUUCAUUCUAAAGAAUCCAAAUGUCAAGGGGAUCUUCCCAUCCAACCACAUCCACUUGAAGAAUGCUGUUGUGAAAAACAAAGGGCAAUUUGAGACUGUGAUCCCUGUCGAAGACUCCGUCAUCACUGAGAUGACGUCAACGCUACGAGACUGGGGCGCCAUGUGGAAACAGCUCUAUGUGAAGAACGAGGGGGAUUUGUUCCAUCGGCUUUGGCACGUGAUGAAUGAGAUCUUGGACUUGAGGCGGCAGGUGUUGGUCGGACACCUCACCCAUGAUCGCAUGAGGGACGUCAAGCAGCACAUCACGGCCAGACUGGACUGGGGCAACGAGCAACUUGGCUUGGACCUGGUUCCCAGGCGCGAGUUCAGCAUGGUGGACCCCGAUGAAGUCAGCGUCACAGAGCUUUACAGACUGAUGGAGCAUCGCCAUCGUAAAAAGGAGACAGCGGCGCCCGCUAGCACCCAUCACUUGUUUGUCCAUGUGAAGAGCCUGAUGAGCGCCAAUCUGGGGGAGGAGCUCGAAGUCUACUUUCACAUUUAUGAUGGACGGGAGAACCGGCCACUCAGUGAAAGGUUCUUUGUCAGGCUGAAUAAGAGCGGGUUGCCCAAGUGGCCGGAGAAGACAGAAAGACAAUGCACGCUAUUUGUGGAUUUGGGAAGCGGUGAUCUACGAAAAGAUGUCUACAUCAUCGUUCACAUCAUACGAAUAGGGAGGAUGGGAGCAGGCGAGAAGAAGAACAUGUGCAGCGUGCAGUACAGGCGCCCGUUUGGCUGUGCUGUCGUCAGCAUCGCUGAUCUCCUCACUGCUGACUCCAAGGAUGACCACCUGCUCAAGGUUUAUGCGUGCAACACAGAGAGUGAAUGGAACCAAAUCCACGAGAACAUCAUCAAAAAGGCCAACUCCAGGUACAACUUAUCUGGAUCCAACACUGGCCUGGCUGUGGCUCUCCAGCUCCUCCACGGGGACAUCGAGCAACUAAGGCGGGAGUACAUGGGCCUCUUCACCCGCGGGGUGUGCAUCACCAGGAAACUGGGCUUCUCUGAUAUCAUCAUGCCAGGAGAAAUGAGGAAUGACCUUUACAUCACAUUAGAGAAAGGAGAGUUUGAAAAGGGUGGGAAGAGCGUCGCCCGGAACGUAGAGAUCACCGUUUAUGUGCUGGAUGUUGAUGGACAAAUUCUUAAGAGUUACGUGGCCGCCGGCUCAGGCGAACCAGGUGGGGAUGAGUACCAUUCGCUGGUGCUAUACCACAACAACAGCCCCCGCUGGGCCGAGCAGAUUAAACUGCCCAUCCCGGUUGACAUGUUUCGAGGAUCGCACGUCCGCUUUGAGUUUCGGCAUUGCUCUACUAAAGACAAAGGAGAGAAGAAACUGUUCGGCUACUCCUUUGUUCCUCUGAUGCAGGAAGAUGGUAGGACUCUGCCAGAUGGCAUCCAUGAGCUCAUUAUCCAUAAGUGUGAAGAGAACUCCAGCCUGGCGGACAGUUCGCGCUACCUGAAGCUGCCGUUUUCCAAGCCCAAUCUUCCAUCCAACAAUCAGACGCUAAAAGCGACCAAGGAGUCUUUCUGGAUCACCAGCUUCCUCUGUUCCACCAAGCUCACGCAAAACGGUGAUAUGCUGGACCUGUUGAAGUGGCGAGCCCACCCCGACAGGAUCAACGACAGCCUCUCCAAACUGAAAGAGAUCGACGGCUCAGAGAUCGUCAAGUUUCUGCAGGACACUCUGGACACUCUCUUUGGUAUUUUAGACGAGAGCUCCCAACGAUACGGGCUCAAAGUGUUCGAUUCACUAGUCCAUAUCAUCAACCUUCUCCAGGACAGUAAGUUCCAACACUUCAAACCAGUCAUGGACACCUACAUUGAAAGCCACUUUGCUGGAGCUUUGUCCUACAGGGACCUGAUCAAAGUCCUGAAGUGGUACGUGGACCGCAUUGUUGAUGCAGAGCACCAGGACCACAUACAGCAGGUGCUCAAGGCCAGCGAGUACAUCUUCAAGUACAUCAUCCAGUCCCGCCGGCUCUUCUCGUUGGCCACUGGAGGCCAGAACGAGGAAGAGUUCAGAGUCUGCAUCCACGAGCUCUUCAUGUCCAUCCGCUUCUUCCUCUCGCAGGAGAGCAAAGGCACCAGCCCGGUCGCGCAGACACAGGCAGUGUUCCUGCGAACAUUCCCAGCGAUCUACAGCGAGCUGUUGAAGAUCUUCACGGUGCGGGAGGUGGCUGGUUUUGCCAGGGAGACGCUGGGCAGUUUACCUUCUGUCGUCCAGGCUGACAGUCCGCUGGAAGCUGUCAAACUGCAGUGCAUCGCCAAGACAGUGGAAAGCCAGCUUUAUGUUAACCCAGAGUCACGGUGCAUCUUAAUACCUGUGGUCCUCCGAGUGCUGCAGACCCACCUGCAGGAGCAGAGGGACCUGGUCAUGUGCGCUCGCAUCCUCACCAGCAUGCUCUCCCUCAUCACAAAGGAAGAAAACGGCACCGUGGAGCCUGCGGUGUCCGAGGAAGUGGAGUUAAUUGUGGAAAGCCUGCUGGGAGUUUUACUGAAGACCAUAUUGGAAAUUAGCAACCGGCCUCAGCCUGCUGGACCUGCCAUGAGACUACAGUUCCAGGAUGUUACUGGGGAGUUUGUGGCAUGCUUAUUGGCUCUUCUGCGACAGAUGACUGACAAGCACUACCAGAAGCUGCUGCAGGCGUUCAGCAACAAAGAUGACCUGAGGGACUUCCUCCUUCAUAUCUUCACAGUCUUCAGAAUUCUGAUCAGACCAGAGAUGUUUCCUAAAGACUGGACUGUCAUGCGGCUCGUCACAAACAAUGUCAUCAUCACAACUGUCCUCUACCUUUCUGAUGCUCUGAGGAAAAACUUUCUCAAUGACAAGUUUGAUUAUAAGGUUUGGGACUCGUACUUCUGUCUGUCUGUAAUCUUCAUCAACCAGCUUUGUCUUCAGCUGGAGUCCUUUUCUCCCUCCAAGAGGAAGAAAAUACUGGAAAAAUAUGGAGACAUGAGGGUGAUGAUGGGCUGUGAAAUCUUCAGCAUGUGGCAGAAUUUAGGGGAGCACAAGUUGCACUUCAUUCCGGCGAUGAUUGGACCUUUCCUGGAAGUGACCCUGGUGCCUCAGCCUGAUCUGAGGAAUGUCAUGAUCCCCAUCUUCCAUGACAUGAUGGACUGGGAGCAGAGACGCAGCGGAAAUUUCAAGCAGGUGGAGGCCAAGCUGAUCGACAAGCUGGACAGCCUGAUGUCUGAGGGCAAAGGAGACGAGACGUACAGGGAGCUCUUCAACAGCAUAAUUCCUCUGUUUGGCCCAUACCCUAGCCUGCUGAAGAAGAUCGAGAGAGAGACGUGGAGGGAGAGCGGGAUCUCUCUGAUCGCCACGGUCACUCGGCUGAUGGAGAGGCUGCUGGACUACAGGGACUGCAUGAAGCUGGGCGAAGUGGACGGCAAGAAGAUUGGCUGUACUGUCAGCUUACUGAACUUCUACAAAACAGAGCUGAACAAGGAAGAAAUGUACAUCCGUUACAUCCACAAACUGUACGACCUGCACCUAAAGGCGCAGAACUACACAGAGGCGUCGUACACCCUGCUGCUGUACGACGAGUUACUGGAGUGGUCUGACCGGCCGCUUCGAGAGUUCCUCAACUACCCCAUGCAGAGCGAGUGGCAGAGGAAAGAGUUUCUGCAUCUCACCAUCAUCCAGAACUUUGACAGAGGGAAGUGUUGGGAGAACGGCAUCAUUCUGUGCAGGGAGCUCGCUGACCAGUACGAGUCCUACUACGACUACAGAAACUUGAGCAAAAUGAGGAUGAUGGAAGCGUCGCUCUACGACAAAAUCAUGGACCAGCAAAGACUAGAACCCGAGUUCUUCAGAGUUGGAUUCUAUGGAAAGAAGUUCCCUUUCUUCCUACGGAAUAAGGAGUUUGUGUGCCGCGGCCAUGACUACGAGAGGCUGGAGGCCUUCCAGCAGCGGAUGCUCAACGAGUUCCCCCACGCCAUCGCCAUGCAGCACGUCAACCAGCCAGACCAGACCAUAUACCAGGCCGACGCGCAGUACCUGCAGAUCUACGCCGUUACUCCCAUCCCGGAGAGCCAGGACGUGCUGCAGCGAGACGGAGUGCCCGACAACAUCAAGAGCUUCUACAAGUUUAAUCACAUCUGGAGGUUCAGAUACGACCGGCCUUUUCACAAGGGCACCAAGGACAAAGAGAAUGAGUUCAAGAGCCUGUGGGUGGAAAGGACAACCCUGACGCUGGUGCAGAGUCUCCCAGGCAUCUCCCGCUGGUUUGAAGUGGAGAAGAAAGAGCUGGUGGAGGUGAGCCCGCUGGAGAACGCCAUCGAGGUAAUCGAAAACAAGAACCUGCAAUUACGCACAUUGAUCACGCAGUGUCAGAGCCGGCAGAUGCAGAACAUCAACCCCCUCACCAUGUGCCUCAACGGGGUCAUCGACGCCGCCGUCAACGGGGGUCUGGCCCGCUACCAAGAGGCCUUUUUCGUGAAGGACUACACCCUGAAUCAUCCGGAGGACGGCGAAAAGAUCGGACGACUGAGAGAACUCAUGUUUGAGCAGGCACAUAUACUGGAGUAUGGCCUCGCUGUGCAUGAGAAAUACGUUCCCCAAGACAUGAGACCUCUUCACAAGAAGUUGGUGGACCAGUUUCAUCUUAUGAAAUCCAGUUUGGGCAUACAGGAGUUUCCAGCUUACGUGCGGGCGAGCCCGGUGCACUUCACCAACGGGAGCCCGCGAACCUGCAGGAACUCGGCACCCAGCAUCAUUAGUCCGGACGGCGGCAGAGGGGUGUCCAGACGAAGCUACCCUGCAGUGAACCGUUACUCCUCGUCCUCACUUUCAUCCCAAGCCUCCAAUGAAGUCAGCAACAUCACCGGCCAGUCGGAGAGCUCAGAUGAAGUCUUCAACAUGCAGCCAAGUCCUUCUACCUCGAGCCUCAGCUCCAACCAUUCUGCCUCGCCCAACGUCACCAGCUCGGCCCCCUCAAGUGCCAGAGGUUCACCUCAGAUGGCAGAGAAACACAAGCAUUCCAGAGAAAACGCCUGUUUGUCUCCACGAGACCGACCGGUCAGCGCCAUCUUCCCCAACCCCCUCGACCCGGCACAGAGAGCUCCUCCGCAUCAGAUAGGUGACACCACUUUACCUCGGAGUGACCCCAACCUCUCAGCACCAGAUAAAGUGAGAUCUACUCCCAGUAGCUGGAGCCUAGACAGUGUCAAAGAGGGUGCAUCAUCUCUCUCUAACUAUCCAGGCAAACUGGUGUGCCCUCCUGUACCUCCUAGGCCACCGUACUCAGGCUCCUUGGCUAAAAACGCGAGGUCGCAAUCCCCCGGCCCCAUGUCCAGAUCUCCUCAAAAGACCACAGUCCCACCUUUCACCCCUUCACCCACUGAGUGCCAAUCUGCCAGCCUGGUUUCCAACUCCCCCGUCUUGUCUGGCAGCUACAGCAGCGGCAUCUCCUCCCUGAGUCGCUGCAGCGCGUCAGAAGCCUCCGGCACGGAGCUGCCCACCGGUGACCACCCGCCCUACCCUCAGCCCCCGCCUAUCACCUUGCCAAACUCUGUUUCCAGCAGCUCGGACGAGCCGAUCCGCAGGGAGAACAAAACCCCGCCUCCCUACAGCGUGUACGAGAGAAACAACCCUCGAAGGCCUGUGCCGCUGCCCCACAGCCUCUCCAUCCCCCCACAAACAGACCCGCCGGCCCUGCCGCCCAAACCUCACCAGCUCCGCACGGGCAGCAUGAAGCUGGACGGGAGCGCUGAUCCUCGAGUGCCCAGACCGAGGCCCCUGCCCAGGAAGGUGUCCCAGCUAUAGGUGCUGUUUCAGGUCCAUUGGAAGAGGAAAUAAACACA